GUGGAGGUGGAGGUGGAGAGCAUGGACAAGGCCGGCAACUUCAUCGGCUGGCUGCACAUCGAGGGCGUCAACCUCUCGGUGGCCCUGGUGGAGCAGGCCCUCUCCAAGGUGCACUUCACCGCCGAGCGCAGCCCCUACUACAAAUCUCUGCUCUCCGCCGAGGAGGCCGCCAAGCAGAGGAAGGAGAAGGUCUGGUCCCACUACGAGGAGGCGCCGGUGGAGGAGGUGGUGCCGGUGCUGGAGGAGAAGGAGCGCGCGGCCAACUACAAGGCCGUGUUCGUCACCGAGAUCACGGAUGACCUGCACUUCUACGUGCAGGACGUGGAGACGGGCGCCCAGCUGGAGAAGCUCAUGGAGAACAUGCGGGGCGAGAUCGCCGGGCACCCGCCCAAGGAGACGCUGCCGUCCUCGCGCCUGGCCGCCCUGCCGCCCGCCUUCAGCACGCGCGUCCUGCCCGCCCAGGCCACCGAGUACAAGUUCGCCUUCAUCCAGGUGCCCCAGGACGACGAGGCGCGCGCCGACGCCGUGGACAGCGUGGUGCGCGACAUCCAGAACACCCAGUGCCUGCUCAACGUGGAGCACCUGGGGCCCGGCUGUCCCCACGUCACCCUGCAGUUCGCCGACUCCAAGAGCGACGUGGGGCUGGGGUUGGUCAAGGAGGGGCUCGUCAUGGUCGAGGUGCGCAAGGAGAAGCAGUUCCAGAAAGUGAUCACCGAGUACCUGAACGCCCAGGAGACGGCGAAGAGCGCCCGGGUGAGUGCGGCUUCCCCGGGAUGGUUCCGGAG